AUGGAUGGAGGUGAGGACCCUACCAGUACUGGCAACAUCGAUUUUAAUGCUUUAUUGCAAUCUGUGACAUCGCUUACUUCUUCUGUUGCCCUAUUGUCCACCAAGGCUGAUUCACUUAUGAAUCAGAGAAGAUUAGUUCACUCUCCGGGCCUUAAUCAUUUGCAACCAGAAAGCCCUGACAAUUCUUUAAUUACACCUGCACAAAGGAUUAUGUGUUCUAAUGUUUGUCUCAACGACAAAGGCUGUGGAGAUGCUAACAACGUUAACAGUAACACUACUGGAUCAGGUUCAUCGCUGGGUGUGCAUGACGAUGUCACACCUUCAUUUUCUGUUGAUGACUGGCUUAGAAAUGAUACUGGGCUUCAUGGCUGUAGUGUCAACAUUAAUAACAGUUGUGGGAACCUGGAUGACAGGUUUCGUUGCUUUAAGAAACUUUUAUGGAAGUACAAAAAGUUACAGUUGGAAAAUGAAUACUUUAACAAGUGUUUAAGAAGGGAGCAGAUCCCUAAGGGUUUAAGGACAUGGACAUACCCGACUGGUUUGGUCAGUGCAAAACAUAAUACAAGCACAGUACAGAAUAAUGGUGAUAAUACACUUCUACAGGUCAGUGCUAAACAUAAUACAAGCACAGUACAGAAUAAUGGUGAUAAUAUACUUCUACAGGUCAGUGCAAAACAUAAUACAAGCACAGUACAGAAUAAUGGUGAUAAUACACUUCUACAGGUCAGUGCAAAACAUAAUACAAGCACAGUACAGAAUAAUGGUGAUAAUACAGUUCUACAGGUCAGUGCUAAACAUAAUACAAACAAAGUACAGAAUAAUGGUGAUAAUACAGUUCUACAGGUCAGUGCAAAACAUAAUACAAGCACAGUACAGAAUAAUGGUGAUAAUACACUUCUACAGGUCAGUGCUAAACAUAAUACAAGCACAGUACAGAAUAAUGGUGAUAAUACACUUCUACAGGUAAGUGCAAAACAUAAUACAAGCACAGUACAGAAUAAUGGUGAUAAUACACUUCUACAGGUCAGUGCAAAACAUAAUACAAGUACAGUACAGAAUAAUGGUGAUAAUGCACUUCUACAGGUCAGUGCAAAACAUAAUACAAGCACAGUACAGAAUAAUGGUGAUAAUACAGUUCUACAGGUCAGUGCUAAACAUAAUACAAACAAAGUACAGAAUAAUGGUGAUAAUACAGUUCUACGGGUGAGUGCUAAACAUAUUACAAACAAAGUACAGAAUAAUGGUGAUAAUACACUUCUACAGGUCAGUGCUAAACAUAAUACAAGCACAGUACAGAAUAAUGGUGAUAAUACACUUCUACAGGUCAGUGCUAAACAUAAUACAAACAAAGCACAGAAUAAUGGUGAUAAUACACUUCUACAGGUCAGUGCUAAACAUAAUACAAGCACAGUACAGAAUAAUGGUGAUAAUACACUUCUACAGGUCAGUGCUAAACAUAAUACAAACAAAGUACAGAAUAAUGUUGAUAAUACAGUUCUACGGGUCAGUGCUAAACAUAAUACAAACAAAGUACAAAAUAAUGAUGAUAAUACACUUCUACAGGUCAGUGCUAAACAUAAUACAAGCACAGUACAGAAUAAUGGUGAUAAUACACUUCUACAGGUCAGUGCUAAACAUAAUACAAGCACAGUACAGAAUAAUGGUGAUAAUACACUUCUACAGGUCAGUGCUAAACAUAAUACAAACAAAGUACAGAAUAAUGGUGAUAAUACACUUCUACAGGUCAGUGCUAAACAUAAUACAAGCACAGUACAGAAUAAUGGUGAUAAUACACUUCUACAGGUCAGUGCUAAACAUAAUACAAGCACAGUACAGAAUAAUGGUGAUAAUACACUUCUACAGGUCAGUGCUAAACAUAAUACAAGCACAGUACAGAAUAAUGGUGAUAAUACACUUCUACAGGUCAGUGCAAAACAUAAUACAAGCACAGUACAGAAUAAUGGUGAUAAUACACUUCUACAGGUCAGUGCUAAACAUAAUACAAACAAAGUACAGAAUAAUGGUGAUAAUACAGUUCUACAGGUCAGUGCUAAACAUAAUACAAACAAAGUACAGAAUAAUGGUGAUAAUACACUUCUACAGGUCAGUGCUAAACAUAAUACAAGCACAGUACAGAAUAAUGGUGAUAAUACACUUCUACAGGUCAGUGCUAAACAUAAUACAAACAAAGUACAGAAUAAUGGUGAUAAUACACUUCUACAGGUCAGUGCUAAACAUAAUACAAGCACAGUACAGAAUAAUGGUGAUAAUACACUUCUACAGGUCAGUGCUAAACAUAAUACAAGCACAGUACAGAAUAAUGGUGAUAAUACACUUCUACAGGUCAGUGCUAAACAUAAUACAAGCACAGUACAGAAUAAUGGUGAUAAUACACUUCUACAGGUCAGUGCUAAACAUAAUACAAACAAAGUACAGAAUAAUGGUGAUAAUACACUUCUACAGGUCAGUGCUAAACAUAAUACAAACACAGUACAGAAUAAUGGUGAUAAUACACUUCUACAGGUCAGUGCUAAACAUAAUACAAGCACAGUACAGAAUAAUGGUGAUAAUACACUUCUACAGGUCAGUGCUAAACAUAAUACAAGCAAAGUACAGAAUAAUGGUGAUAAUACACUUCUACAGGUCAGUGCUAAACAUAAUACAAGCACAGUACAGAAUAAUGGUGAUAAUACACUUCUACAGGUCAGUGCUAAACAUAAUACAAGCACAGUACAGAAUAAUGGUGAUAAUACACUUCUACAGGUCAGUGCUAAACAUAAUACAAGCACAGUACAGAAUAAUGGUGAUAAUACACUUCUACAGGUCAGUGCUAAACAUAAUACAAACAAAGUACAGAAUAAUGGUGAUAAUACAGUUCUACAGGUCAGUGCUAAACAUAAUACAAACAAAGUACAGAAUAAUGGUGAUAAUACACUUCUACAGGUCAGUGCUAAACAUAAUACAAACAAAGUACAGAAUAAUGGUGAUAAUACACUUCUACAGGUCAGUGCUAAACAUAAUACAAGCACAGUACAGAAUAAUGGUGAUAAUACACUUCUACAGGUCAGUGCUAAACAUAAUACAAACAAAGUACAGAAUAAUGGUGAUAAUACACUUCUACAGGUCAGUGCUAAACAUAAUACAAGCACAGUACAGAAUAAUGGUGAUAAUACACUUCUACAGGUCAGUGCUAAACAUAAUACAAACAAAGUACAGAAUAAUGGUGAUAAUACAGUUCUACAGGUCAGUGCUAAACAUAAUACAAACAAAGUACAGAAUAAUGGUGAUAAUACACUUCUACAGGUCAGUGCUAAACAUAAUACAAGCACAGUACAGAAUAAUGGUGAUAAUACACUUCUACAGGUCAGUGCUAAACAUAAUACAAGCAAAGUACAGAAUAAUGGUGAUAAUACACUUCUACAGGUCAGUGCUAAACAUAAUACAAGCACAGUACAGAAUAAUGGUGAUAAUACACUUCUACAGGUCAGUGCUAAACAUAAUACAAGCACAGUACAGAAUAAUGGUGAUAAUACACUUCUACAGGUCAGUGCUAAACAUAAUACAAGCACAGUACAGAAUAAUGGUGAUAAUACACUUCUACAGGUCAGUGCUAAACAUAAUACAAGCACAGUACAGAAUAAUGGUGAUAAUACACUUCUACAGGUCAGUGCUAAACAUAAUACAAGCACAGUACAGAAUAAUGGUGAUAAUACACUUCUACAGGUCAGUGCUAAACAUAAUACAAGCACAGUACAGAAUAAUGGUGAUAAUACACUUCUACAGGUCAGUGCUAAACAUAAUACAGGCAAAGUACAGAAUAAUGGUGAUAAUACACUUCUACAGGUCAGUGUUAAACAUAAUACAAGCAAAGUACAGAAUAAUGGUGAUAAUACACUUCUACAGGUCAGUGCUAAACAUAAUACAAGCACAGUACAGAAUAAUGGUGAUAAUACACUUCUACAGGUCAGUGCUAAACAUAAUACAAGCACAGUACAGAAUAAUGGUGAUAAUACACUUCUACAGGUCAGUGCUAAACAUAAUACAGGCACAGUACAGAAUAAUGGUGAUAAUACACUUCUACAGGUCAGUGCUAAACAUAAUACAAGCACAGUACAGAAUAAUGGUGAUAAUACACUUCUACAGGUCAGUGCUAAACAUAAUACAAGCACAGUACAGAAUAAUGGUGAUAAUACACUUCUACAGGUCAGUGCUAAACAUAAUACAAGCACAGUACAGAAUAAUGGUGAUAAUACACUUCUACAGGUCAGUGCUAAACAUAAUACAAGCACAGUACAGAAUAAUGGUGAUAAUACACUUCUACAGGUCAGUGCUAAACAUAAUACAAGCACAGUACAGAAUAAUGGUGAUAAUACACUUCUACAGGUCAGUGCUAAACAUAAUACAAGCACAGUACAGAAUAAUGGUGAUAAUACACUUCUACAGGUCAGUGCUAAACAUAAUACAAGCACAGUACAGAAUAAUGGUGAUAAUACACUUCUACAGGUCAGUGCUAAACAUAAUACAAGCACAGUACAGAAUAAUGGUGAUAAUACACUUCUACAGGUCAGUGCUAAACAUAAUACAAGCACAGUACAGAAUAAUGGUGAUAAUACACUUCUACAGGUCAGUGCUAAACAUAAUACAAGCACAGUACAGAAUAAUGGUGAUAAUACACUUCUACAGGUCAGUGCUAAACAUAAUACAAGCACAGUACAGAAUAAUGGUGAUAAUACACUUCUACAGGUCAGUGCUAAACAUAAUACAAGCACAGUACAGAAUAAUGGUGAUAAUACACUUCUACAGGUCAGUGCUAAACAUAAUACAAGCACAGUACAGAAUAAUGGUGAUAAUACACUUCUACAGGUCAGUGCUAAACAUAAUACAAGCACAGUACAGAAUAAUGGUGAUAAUACACUUCUACAGGUCAGUGCUAAACAUAAUACAAGCACAGUACAGAAUAAUGGUGAUAAUACACUUCUACAGGUCAGUGCUAAACAUAAUACAAGCACAGUACAGAAUAAUGGUGAUAAUACACUUCUACAGGUCAGUGCUAAACAUAAUACAAGCACAGUACAGAAUAAUGGUGAUAAUACACUUCUACAGGUCAGUGCUAAACAUAAUACAAGCAAAGUACAGAAUAAUGGUGAUAAUACACUUCUACAGGUCAGUGCUAAACAUAAUACAAGCACAGUACAGAAUAAUGGUGAUAAUACACUUCUACAGGUCAGUGCUAAACAUAAUACAAGCACAGUACAGAAUAAUGGUGAUAAUACACUUCUACAGGUCAGUGCUAAACAUAAUACAAGCACAGUACAGAAUAAUGGUGAUAAUACACUUCUACAGGUCAGUGCUAAACAUAAUACAAGCACAGUACAGAAUAAUGGUGAUAAUACACUUCUACAGGUCAGUGCUAAACAUAAUACAAGCACAGUACAGAAUAAUGGUGAUAAUACACUUCUACAGGUCAGUGCUAAACAUAAUACAAGCACAGUACAGAAUAAUGGUGAUAAUACACUUCUACAGGUCAGUGCUAAACAUAAUACAAGCACAGUACAGAAUAAUGGUGAUAAUACACUUCUACAGGUCAGUGCUAAACAUAAUACAAGCACAGUACAGAAUAAUGGUGAUAAUACACUUCUACAGGUCAGUGCUAAACAUAAUACAGGCACAGUACAGAAUAAUGGUGAUAAUACACUUCUACAGGUCAGUGCUAAACAUAAUACAGGCACAGUACAGAAUAAUGGUGAUAAUACACUUCUACAGGUCAGUGCUAAACAUAAUACAAGCACAGUACAGAAUAAUGGUGAUAAUACACUUCUACAAGUCAGUGCUAAACAUAAUACAAGCACAGUACAGAAUAAUGGUGAUAAUACAGUUCUACGGGUCAGUGCUAAACAUAAUACAAGCACAGUACAGAAUAAUGGUGAUAAUACACUUCUACAGGUCAGUGCUAAACAUAAUACAAGCACAGUACAGAAUAAUGGUGAUAAUACACUUCUACAGGUCAGUGCUAAACAUAAUACAAGCACAGUACAGAAUAAUGGUGAUAAUACACUUCUACAGGUCAGUGCUAAACAUAAUACAAGCACAGUACAGAAUAAUGGUGAUAAUACAGUUCUACGGGUCAGUGCUAAACAUAAUACAAGCACAGUACAGAAUAAUGGUGAUAAUACACUUCUACAGGUCAGUGCUAAACAUAAUACAAACAAAGUACAGAAUAAUGGUGAUAAUACACUUCUACAGGUCAGUGCUAAACAUAAUACAAGCACAGUACAGAAUAAUGGUGAUAAUACACUUCUACAGGUCAGUGCUAAACAUAAUACAAGCAAAGUACAGAAUAAUGGUGAUAAUACACUUCUACAGGUCAGUGCUAAACAUAAUACAAGCAAAGUACAGAAUAAUGGUGAUAAUACACUUCUACAGGUCAGUGCUAAACAUAAUACAAGCAAAGUACAGAAUAAUGGUGAUAAUACACUUCUACAGGUCAGUGCUAAACAUAAUACAAGCAAAGUACAGAAUAAUGGUGAUAAUACACUUCUACAGGUCAGUGCUAAACAUAAUACAGGCAAAGUACAGAAUAAUGGUGAUAAUACACUUCUACAGGUCAGUGCUAAACAUAAUACAGGCAAAGUACAGAAUAAUGGUGAUAAUACACUUCUACAGGUCAGUGCUAAACAUAAUACAAGCACAGUACAGAAUAAUGGUGAUAAUACACUUCUACAGGUCAGUGCUAAACAUAAUACAAGCACAGUACAGAAUAAUGGUGAUAAUACACUUCUACAGGUCAGUGCUAAACAUAAUACAAGCACAGUACAGAAUAAUGGUGAUAAUACACUUCUACAGGUCAGUGCUAAACAUAAUACAAGCACAGUACAGAAUAAUGGUGAUAAUACAGUUCUAUGGGUCAGUGCUAAACAUAAUACAAGCACAGUACAGAAUAAUGGUGAUAAUACACUUCUACAGGUCAGUGCUAAACAUAAUACAAGCACAGUACAGAAUAAUGGUGAUAAUACACUUCUACAGGUCAGUGCUAAACAUAAUACAAGCACAGUACAGAAUAAUGGUGAUAAUACACUUCUACAGGUCAGUGCUAAACAUAAUACAAGCACAGUACAGAAUAAUGGUGAUAAUACAGUUCUACAGGUCAGUGCUAAACAUAAUACAAGCACAGUACAGAAUAAUGGUGAUAAUACACUUCUACAGGUCAGUGCUAAACAUAAUACAAGCAAAGUACAUAAUAAUGGUGAUAAUACACUUCUACAAGUCAGUGCUAAGCAUAAUACAAGCAAAGUACAGAAUAAUGGUGAUAAUACAAUUCUACAGGUCAGUGCUAAACAUAAUACAGGCAAAGUACAGAAUAAUGGUGAUAAUACACUUCUACAGGUCAGUGCUAAACAUAAUACAGGCAAAGUACAGAAUAAUGGUGAUAAUACACUUCUACAGGUCAGUGUUAAACAUAAUACAAGCACAGUACAGAAUAAUGGUGAUAAUACACUUCUACAGGUCAGUGCUAAACAUAAUACAAGCACAGUACAGAAUAAUGGUGAUAAUACACUUCUACAGGUCAGUGCUAAACAUAAUACAAGCACAGUACAGAAUAAUGGUGAUAAUACAGUUCUACGGGUCAGUGCUAAACAUAAUACAAGCACAGUACAGAAUAAUGUUGAUAAUACAGUUCUAUGGGUCAGUGCUAAACAUAAUACAAGCACAGUACAGAAUAAUGGUGAUAAUACACUUCUACGGGUCAGUGCUAAACAUAAUACAAGCACAGUACAGAAUAAUGGUGAUAAUACACUUCUACAGGUCAGUGCUAAACAUAAUACAAGCACAGUACAGAAUAAUGGUGAUAAUACACUUCUACAGGUCAGUGCUAAACAUAAUACAAGCACAGUACAGAAUAAUGGUGAUAAUACACUUCUACAGGUCAGUGCUAAACAUAAUACAAGCACAGUACAGAAUAAUGGUGAUAAUACAGUUCUAUGGGUCAGUGCUAAACAUAAUACAAGCACAGUACAGAAUAAUGGUGAUAAUACACUUCUACGGGUCAGUGCUAAACAUAAUACAAGCACAGUACAGAAUAAUGGUGAUAAUACACUUCUACAGGUCAGUGCUAAACAUAAUACAAGCACAGUACAGAAUAAUGGUGAUAAUACACUUCUACAGGUCAGUGCUAAACAUAAUACAAGCACAGUACAGAAUAAUGGUGAUAAUACACUUCUACAGGUCAGUGCUAAACAUAAUACAAGCACAGUACAGAAUAAUGGUGAUAAUACACUUCUACAGGUCAGUGCUAAACAUAAUACAAGCACAGUACAGAAUAAUGGUGAUAAUACAGUUCUACAGGUCAGUGCUAAACAUAAUACAAACAAAGUACAGAAUAAUGGUGAUAGUACAGUUCUACAGGUCAGUGCUAAACAUGAUACAAGCACAGUACAGAAUAAUGGUGAUAAUACACUUCUACAGGUCAGUGCUAAACAUAAUACAAACAAAGUACAGAAUAAUGGUGAUAAUACACUUCUACAGGUAAGUGCUAAACAUAAUACAAGCACAGUACAGAAUAAUGGUGAUAAUACACUUCUACAGGUCAGUGCUAAACAUAAUACAAGCAAAGUACAGAAUAAUGGUGAUAAUACAGUUCUACGGGUCAGUGCUAAACAUAAUACAAGCAAAGUACAGAAUAAUGGUGAUAAUACACUUCUACAGGUCAGUGCUAAACAUAAUACAAGCAAAGUACAUAAUAAUGGUGAUAAUACACUUCUACAAGUCAGUGCUAAGCAUAAUACAAGCAAAGUACAGAAUAAUGGUGAUAAUACAAUUCUACAGGUCAGUGCUAAACAUAAUACAGGCAAAGUACAGAAUAAUGGUGAUAAUACACUUCUACAGGUCAGUGCUAAACAUAAUACAGGCAAAGUACAGAAUAAUGGUGAUAAUACACUUCUACAGGUCAGUGUUAAACAUAAUACAAGCACAGUACAGAAUAAUGGUGAUAAUACACUUCUACAGGUCAGUGCUAAACAUAAUACAAGCACAGUACAGAAUAAUGGUGAUAAUACACUUCUACAGGUCAGUGCUAAACAUAAUCCAAGCACAGUACAGAAUAAUGUUGAUAAUACAGUUCUACGGGUCAGUGCUAAACAUAAUACAAGCACAGUACAGAAUAAUGUUGAUAAUACAGUUCUAUGGGUCAGUGCUAAACAUAAUACAAGCACAGUACAGAAUAAUGGUGAUAAUACACUUCUACGGGUCAGUGCUAAACAUAAUACAAGCACAGUACAGAAUAAUGGUGAUAAUACACUUCUACAGGUCAGUGCUAAACAUAAUACAAGCACAGUACAGAAUAAUGGUGAUAAUACACUUCUACAGGUCAGUGCUAAACAUAAUACAAGCACAGUACAGAAUAAUGGUGAUAAUACACUUCUACAGGUCAGUGCUAAACAUAAUACAAGCACAGUACAGAAUAAUGGUGAUAAUACAGUUCUAUGGGUCAGUGCUAAACAUAAUACAAGCACAGUACAGAAUAAUGGUGAUAAUACACUUCUACAGGUCAGUGCUAAACAUAAUACAAGCACAGUACAGAAUAAUGGUGAUAAUACACUUCUACAGGUCAGUGCUAAACAUAAUACAAGCACAGUACAGAAUAAUGGUGAUAAUACACUUCUACAGGUCAGUGCUAAACAUAAUACAAGCACAGUACAGAAUAAUGGUGAUAAUACACUUCUACAGGUCAGUGCUAAACAUAAUACAAGCACAGUACAGAAUAAUGGUGAUAAUACACUUCUACAGGUCAGUGCUAAACAUAAUACAAGCACAGUACAGAAUAAUGGUGAUAAUACAGUUCUAUGGGUCAGUGCUAAACAUAAUACAAGCACAGUACAGAAUAAUGGUGAUAAUACACUUCUACAGGUCAGUGCUAAACAUAAUACAAGCACAGUACAGAAUAAUGGUGAUAAUACACUUCUACAGGUCAGUGCUAAACAUAAUACAAGCACAGUACAGAAUAAUGGUGAUAAUACACUUCUACAGGUCAGUGCUAAACAUAAUACAAGCACAGUACAGAAUAAUGGUGAUAAUACACUUCUACAGGUCAGUGCUAAACAUAAUACAAGCACAGUACAGAAUAAUGGUGAUAAUACAGUUCUAUGGGUCAGUGCUAAACAUAAUACAAGCACAGUACAGAAUAAUGGUGAUAAUACACUUCUACAGGUCAGUGCUAAACAUAAUACAAGCACAGUACAGAAUAAUGGUGAUAAUACACUUCUACAGGUCAGUGCUAAACAUAAUACAAGCACAGUACAGAAUAAUGGUGAUAAUACACUUCUACAGGUCAGUGCUAAACAUAAUACAAGCACAGUACAGAAUAAUGGUGAUAAUACACUUCUACAGGUCAGUGCUAAACAUAAUACAAGCACAGUACAGAAUAAUGGUGAUAAUACAGUUCUACGGGUCAGUGCUAAACAUAAUACAAGCACAGUACAGAAUAAUGGUGAUAAUACACUUCUACAGGUCAGUGCUAAACAUAAUACAAGCAAAGUACAGAAUAAUGGUGAUAAUACACUUCUACAGGUCAGUGCUAAACAUAAUACAAGCACAGUACAGAAUAAUGGUGAUAAUACACUUCUACAGGUCAGUGCUAAACAUAAUACAAGCAAAGUACAGCAUAAUGGUGAUAAUACAGUUCUACGAGUCAGUGCUAAACAUAAUACAAGCAAAGUACAGAAUAAUGGUGAUAAUACAGGUUUACGGGUCAGUGCUAAACAUAAUACAAGCACAGUACAGAAUAAUGGUGAUAAUACAGUUCUACGGGUCAGUGCUAAACAUAAUACAAGCAUAGUGCACCAUAAAUAA